UUGGCUAUGGUCAAAGGAGGUGUGUGCGUGUCAGUCAUGGACCUGAAAGAGAGCUGUGGAAGCGAGGCCAGUCGUGAGACCGAGAGUGGCGGCAUGGGAAGCAUGAGAGGCCCCUCGUCUUGGCAGUCCUUUGCCCAACGAAGUACCCUACAUGGUCUACGCUACAUCUUUCCCUUCUCUUCCUCCUCUUCUUCCUCCCCUCGCCGCUCUGCUUCACGCCGUCUGCUCUGGAGCGCAGCCCUGCUGGCCAGCCUGGUGCUACUGGUCCUGGAGAGCACAGAGCGGCUGGCCUACUUCCUGUCCUACCCCCAUGUCACCAGCGUGGACGCUGUAGUUUCUGGCAGCCUUGUCUUUCCCGCCAUCACCGUCUGUAAUCUGAACGCCUUCCGUUUUACGCAUCUCACACAGAAUGACCUCUACCACGCCGGGGAACUGUUGGCCCUGCUGGAUGUGCACCUGCAGAUUCCUGAGCCGCACCUGACCGAGCCCCACGUGCUGGCCUUUCUCACUGAUAAAUCCAACUUUACUAACUACCGGCCAAAGCCUUUCAGCAUGCGGGAAUUCACAGAGAGAGUGGGCCAUGACCUGAAGGACAUGAUGCUUUAUUGCCGUUUCCAGGGCCAGGAGUGCAGCCAUCAGGACUUCAAAACGGUGAGUACCAGGAAGAUGCUUAUUUGA